AUGGCGAGUUCCAGCAGGAAGCAGCUGGGCAGCAGCGUGGCGAUCAUGGUGCUGUUGCUGCUGUCCCUGGCCGUGGCGCCGGCGGCGGCGUGCGGCGGGCAUCCGUGCCCGAGUCCGGCGGGGAAGUGCCCCUUGAACGCCGUGAAGCUAGGCGUGUGCGCGGAUGUGCUGGACGGGCUGAUCCACGCCGUGGUGGGGCAACCGCCCAAGGAGCCCUGCUGCUCCCUCAUCUCCGGACUGGCAGACCUGGAGGCCGCCGUCUGCGUCUGCCUCGCCAUCAACGCCAACGUCCUCGGCGUCAACCUCAACGUCGCCGUCGACCUCUCCCUCCUCGUCAGCUACUGCGGCCGCAGCGUGCCCGCGGGCUUCCAGUGCGCCUAG